ACUUUUUUCAUAGCACAAUUCUUUAAAAAGACAUUUUUUGAUAGAAAAUUUUCAGUUUUUAAAUUUUCUCAUUCAGUGUUUAUUCUUUCGCAAUUUUUCGUUGAAGGUGUCUAAUGGCACAGUUAAUUUCGGGAACAGACAUCGCCAAAUCAAUUCGUCAGGAAUUGAGGCAGUUAGUGUCGCAGAUUCAAAAGCAGAAUCCCACUUUGGUGCCAGGUUUGGCAAUCGUUCAAGUUGGUGGUCGUGAUGAUUCGAAUGUCUACAUUCGCAUGAAAAUUCGGGCGGCCGCUGAAAUCGGCAUUGAAGCUCAACACGUCAAACUACCCAGAACCAUUACACAAAGUGAACUUCUUGCAAAGUUGGACGAGUUAAACAAUGACGAAAAUGUGCAUGGAAUUAUUGUCCAAAUGCCAUUGGAUUGUGAGGAAAAAAUUGACUCAGAUUUGGUGACCGAUUACGUCAGUCCCGAAAAAGAUGUCGAUGGAUUGCAUACAUUGAACGAAGGACGAACGGCAAUCAAUACUAAAACUGGUUUUGUUCCAUGCACACCAAACGGAUGCAUUGAAUUGAUCAAACGAUCGGGCAUUCCGAUGGCAGGCACCAGAGCGGUUGUUCUUGGUCGCAGCAAGAUUGUGGGCACGCCAGUUUCGGAGUUACUCAAAUGGAAUGAUGCAACCGUCACUGUUUGCCAUUCGAAAACAAAAAAUCUUCCCGAUGUGAUUAGAGAGGCUGACAUUUUGGUUGUUGCUAUCGGCAGAGCAAAAUUUGUUAAGGGAGACUGGAUUAAACCGAAUGCCGUUGUUAUUGAUUGUGGAAUUAAUUCGAUUUCCGUGCUCGACCCUACCACAAAUACCACCGUGCAACGUUUAUGCGGUGAUGUUGAUUUUGACGAAGCAUCCAAAGUCGCCUCAUACAUAACACCAGUACCGGGUGGUGUUGGACCCAUGACAGUAGCCAUGUUAAUGAAAAAUACCGUACAAUCCUAUGUACAUUGGGUGAAUCGUAUCACCGGCUCUAAACAGUGGAGCCUAUCUCCAUUACCGCUUAACUUGAUCAAACCAGUUCCCAGUGACAUUGCAAUUGCACGUGCACAACAACCGAAAGACAUAAAAAAAUUGGCCGACGAAAUUGGUUUGCAAUCGAGCGAAGUGAAUUUGUUCGGUCCGAAAAAGGCGAAAAUCUCACUGAACACAUUGACCCGUCUUCGAGACCGACCCGAUGGAAAAUAUGUUGUUGUUGCUGGAAUCACACCGACACCAUUGGGAGAAGGAAAAAGUACGUGUACAAUUGGUUUGGCUCAAGCAUUGGCGGCAACAAAAUGUGUGAAUGCAAUGGCAUGCCUACGUCAACCAUCACAAGGCCCAACAUUUGGUAUAAAAGGUGGUGCAGCCGGUGGUGGAUACAGUCAAGUGAUUCCAAUGGAAGAUUUCAAUCUUCAUCUAACGGGUGACAUUCAUGCGAUCACCGCUGCCAACAAUUUACUUGCCGCCCAAUUGGAUGCUCGUAUAUUCCACGAGUCGACGCAAACAACCGAAGCCCUCUACAACCGUUUGGUACCGACAAUCAAAGGAAAACGUAGUUUUUCAACGAUUCAAUUACGCCGCUUGCAACGAUUGAAUAUCCAAAAGACGGAUCCCAAUGAAUUGACUGCUGACGAAAUUACACGAUUCAGUCGAUUGAAUAUUGAUCCGAAAAAUGUGGUUUGGACACGUGUGCUCGAUAUUAACGAUCGUUAUUUGCGUGAAAUCACCAUCGGUGAAUCGAAAACAGAAAAAGGUUUUACACGUAAAGAGAGUUUUGCAAUUUCGGUUGCAAGUGAAAUAAUGGCAAUUUUAGCAUUGGCCCAAGAUUUGACCGACAUGAAAGAACGUUUAGCCAAAAUGGUGGUUGCCUUCGAUUUGAAUGGAAAUGCCGUAUUGGCCGAUGACUUGGGCAUUACUGGUGCCUUAAUGGUAUUACUUAAAGAUACAAUUGAACCGACAUUGAUGCAAACUUUGGAGGGAACACCAGUUUUUGUACAUGCCGGACCAUUUGCGAACAUUGCACACGGAUGCUCGUCAAUUGUUUCCGAUAAUAUUGCAUUGAAAUUGGUGGGACAAAAUGGUUUUUGUCUUACGGAAGCCGGAUUUGGAUCCGACAUUGGCAUGGAGAAAUUCAUGGACAUUAAAUGUCGCACCUCACAAAAGGUACCCGAUGCUGUUGUACUUGUGACCACUGUUCGAGCAUUGAAAAUGCACGGCGGUGGACCGGCGGUUACACCAGGGGCACCAUUGAAAAGUGAGUACACCAGCGAAAAUAUUGACUUGGUCAAACAGGGACUACCAAAUUUGAUUAAACACAUUAGCAAUGGCACCAAAUUUGGCGUACCAGUUGUCGUUUGCAUUAAUGUUCAUGCACAUGACACAGAAGCCGAAUUGGAAGUGGUGAAAAAAGCAGCCAUUGAAAAUGGAGCAUUCGAUGCUGUUGUCAGCUAUCAUUACGCCGAAGGUGGAAAAGGUGCUGAAAAACUCGCGGACGCUCUUGUCAAGGCUUGUUCUAAUAAAAAAUCAACAUUCCGCUUUUUGUACGAUUUGAACAAACCGAUCGAAGAAAAAAUAACGAAAAUCGCACAAGAAAUGUACGGUGCCGGAGAGGUUGAAUUCCAGCCCACUGUCAAAGAGAAAAUUCAAAUGUACAACGCACAAGGUUUCAAUCUCCUGCCAAUUUGUAUGGCAAAAACAUCGAACUCAUUGACCGCCGAUCCAACGAUCAAAGGUGCACCACUUGGAUUUAAAAUCGUUGUGAAUGAUAUCUUUAUAUCAGCCGGAGCCGGAUUUAUCGUACCAAUUUGUGGCGAUAUUGCUAAAAUGCCCGGAUUGCCAACACGACCGUGCUUCUACGACAUGGACUUGAAUACGGAAAAUGGCGAAAUUCAAGGACUUUUUUAAAUGAUAAUAAUAAGACAGAUCUAUUACGACAGCUAUGCAGUACUGCGACUAUUUUAGAAUACCUAAAUGGUUAUUGGACGACGAAAGAAGAAUUAAGAACUUGAAAUGAAGAUUGUUAUACUUGAAUUUGUUAAGUAAUUUUUAACAUAUUUGUCAAAUUUGAAUGCAGACUGAAAGAUAAAUAUUUCUGUUUUGCUUUAGAGACGAAGUUGAUUAAAUAAAGCCAUAUUUUGAAUUUUUUUAAAAGACACA